ACUUACCUCGUCAAGACGUAAAGCAACAUAAAAAAAAGGCACCAAAGAAGGAUCAAUCAACCAACCAACUCUCCCACCCUUCGAUUUUCCGAGAAAAUAUCUCCUCGAGGAAAUCUUUAUUCCCAUGGAAUCACAGGCACGGCGUCGCCUCCAUGCCGUCCAAUGCCACCUUCUCCCCGUUUACACCUCCUCCAACGAUCCUCACUCCCUUGUUCAACCCAACCUCACUGCUGGAAAGUUCGUUCAAGGCCAGGGGUAUAGUGUAGUUCUUCCAGAAAAGUUGCAAACAGGCAAGUGGAAUGUGUAUAGAUCAGCACGUUCUCCUUUGAAGCUCGUAAGUAAAUUCCCUGACCAUCCUGAAAUUGGGACGUUGCAUGAUAACUUUUUGCAUGCUGUUGAAACUUUCUGUGAUUACAAGUAUUUGGGUACGCGAAUUCGGGUAGAUGGUACUGUUGGAGAGUACAAGUGGAUGACUUAUGGGGAAGCAGCAACUGCUCGCGAAGCAAUAGGUUCUGGCCUAUGGCAUCAUGGGUUACAGGAAGGAGCUUGCAUUGGACUUUAUUUGAUAAAUAGACCAGAGUGGCUGAUCGUGGAUCAUGCUUGCUCAGCUUAUUCAUAUAUCUCAGUUCCCCUUUAUGACACUCUUGGUCCAGAAGCUGUCAAGUAUGUUGUCAAUCAUGCAGACCUACAGGCUAUUUUUUGUGUACCCGAGACGUUGAACAGCUUGUUGAGCUUCUUAUCUGAGAUUCCAUCUGUACAUCUUAUAGUGGUCGUGGGAGGCAUAGAUGAAUACUUACCUUCUCUUCCACCAGCAUCUGGAGUGAAGGUUAUAUCAUAUCUAAAACUAAUCAGUCAGGGCCGCAGUGGUCUGCAGCCUUUCUGCCCUCCCAAGCCUGAAGAUAUUGCAACCAUAUGCUAUACUAGUGGUACUACUGGAACACCAAAGGGAGUUGUACUGACACACAGAAAUCUAAUUUCAAGUGCUGCUGGUUCUUGUCUUGCGACCAAAUUCUACCCCUCUGAUGUUUACAUGUCGUAUCUUCCUUUGGCACACAUAUAUGAACGAACAAACCAAGUUGUCUCAGUGUACUACGGCGUUGCUGUUGGUUUCUACCAAGGGGAUAAUUUGAAACUGAUGGAUGACUUGUCUUCUCUUAGACCAACAAUAUUUUGCAGCGUUCCACGUUUAUAUAAUCGAAUAUAUGCUGGAAUUAUAAAUGCCGUAACAGCUUCUGGAAUACUAAGGGAGAGAAUAUUUAGAGUUGCCUACAACUCCAAGAAGCAAGCCAUAAUGAGUGGCCAGAACCCGUCACCAAUUUGGGACAGAUUGGUAUUCAACAAAAUAAAGGAAAAGCUUGGAGGCCGAGUUCGUUUUUUGGGAUCGGGUGCUUCACCGUUGUCUCCUGAUAUCUUGGACUUCUUGAGGGUGUGCUUUGGCUGUCAAGUAAUUGAAGGAUAUGGUAUGACUGAGACUUCUUGUGUAAUAAGCAUAAUGGACGAAAGUGACACUUUAUCCGGUCAUGUCGGGUCCCCUAAUCCUGCCUGUGAAAUAAAACUUGUGGAUGUUCCUGAAAUGAACUACACCUCUGAAGAUCAGCCUCAUCCUCGAGGUGAAAUCUGUGUGAGAGGUCCCAUCUUGUUUCAAGGCUACUUCAAAGACGAAGUCCAAACGAGAGAGGUAAUUGAUGGUGAUGGAUGGCUGCACACAGGAGACAUUGGGUUGUGGUUACCUGGAGGCCGCCUUAAGAUUAUUGAUAGGAAAAAAAACAUAUUUAAGCUAGCUCAGGGUGAAUAUAUAGCACCAGAGAAGAUUGAGAACGUAUAUGCCAAGUGCAAAUUUGUUUCUCAAUGUUUCAUAUAUGGUGAUAGCCUGAACUCGAGUCUAGUUGCUGUUGUUGCAGUGGACCCUGAUGCGAUGAAAGAUUGGGCCGCAUCAGAAGGCAUCAAGUUUGAAAAUAUAGGACAACUGUGCAAUGAUCCACGAGCGAGAGCUGCAGUUUUGGCGGAAAUGGAUGAUGUUGGAAGGGAAGCUCAGCUGAUAGGUUUCGAAUUUGCAAAAGCUGUAACUUUGGUGCAUGAACCUUUCACUUUGGAGAACGGCCUUCUCACUCCAACAUUCAAGAUCAAGAGGCCUCAAGCAAAGGCAUAUUUUGCCAAAGCAAUAGCAGACAUGUAUGCUGGGCUUUCUCAAUCAGAUCCGGCAUCUGGAAAAACGUCAUGACCUGAAGUUUAUAGAAGCAACAUAAAGGAAAAAUAAUUCGUACUUACAGGUUCAUGUGAGAUCACGAGGCUGAUUGUUGUAGUUCCAUAUGAUCAGAAAUCGUAUUUGCUGAUGAAAUGUGAUUUUCAGUACAUUGUAAUGUAUGGAAUCUAGUUUUCAUGAGUACAUUACUCUA